UUUGAAAUUAUUUUAUACUUGUUAGGUUGGAUUGCUCCCAUGUAAAUACAUGUGUGUGCAUAUAUACGAUCGAGCCUGACAUGGUUUGCGAAUGGAAUUGUUCGUUACAGAUUAGAACUUGAUUUCAAGCUUUAUAUUUGUAAGUUUCCACUCUGAUUUUUAUAUAAAUUCCAACACAGUCAUAAUCAGCAAGCGCGCAACAAAUAAUGUCGACGAUGGAAGGUUCACUUAGUAAAUGGACAAAUGUUGUUAAUGGCUGGCAGUAUCGAUGGUUUGUUUUAGAUGACAAUGCUGGCUUAUUAUCAUAUUAUACUAGUAAAGAAAAAAUGAUGCGUGGUGCUCGUAGAGGAUGUGUACGAUUAAGAGGUGCAAUUAUAGGUAUUGAUGAUGAAGAUGAUAGUACAUUUACAAUAACUACAUCAUCAUACAAAGAUGAUCCAAAAACUUUUCAUUUUCAAACGCGCAAUGGCGAGGAACGUGAACGUUGGGUCCGUGCUCUAGAAGAUACGAUAUUGCGUCACUCACAUGCGCGAUGGGAUCCAAAAAAAUCACCACCCAAACAAGAUUUCAAUCGUAAAGUGGCAGAAGCAGAUGCUUAUCUCCAGCUGUUAAUUGAUCAAAUAAAAUUAAUUGAGACAAAACAGCAAAAUAUAGAAACAGAAAAUGAAGAAAAGCAAGAAAGUUAUGCAGCAGUUUUAACACAAGCAAAUGCCAUGCUGAAUUCUGUUAAGCAUACAAUUGUUCAACUACAAAUUGCAAAGAACACAGCUAUUCCUGUUAAUGGUAUAUAUAGAGGACCUUCUACUGAUACAAUGAACACUACACCACCUAUAAAUCACGUUGCAGUUACAGAACCAGAAUCAACAGUGCAAACUGGUAUUGAAUUGGGUUCAGAAUGUACAGAAUCAAGAAUACCUACUUUGUCCAAUGUUGUAGAUAAUAGAGAUCUUCCAGUACCUCAGUUUUCAUACUCCUCAUCGGAUGAAGAUGAAGAUUAUUAUGAUGCUGCUGAUGAAUUAUCACCUCCCUUAACAGCACAAAAUCAUAUCACACAACGACGUGAAAGUGAUCGUUUACAAUCAAUUGGAGAAAUUGUUGGAGAUAUGCGUAAACAAUCUCCAUUACCACCUAUAAAGGGAGAUGGUUCUGUAGACUAUGAUGCCUUGUACGAGGAAGAGAGCGACACAGAAAUGGAUUCCAUGGAAAGCCAUGGAUCAGUUGUGACACAUCUUCUGUCACAAGUAAAAAUCGGUAUGGAUUUAACCAAAGUUGCAUUGCCUACCUUUAUCUUGGAACGUAGAUCGCUUCUUGAAAUGUACGCAGAUUAUUUUACUCACCCUGAUCAAUUUGUAAGCAUUGCAGAUAUGCCUACAGCUAGAGAAAGAAUGGUACAAGUAGUACGCUGGUAUUUAUGCAGUUUUCAUGCUGGUCGUAGAUCUGGUGUAGCUAAGAAACCAUAUAAUCCUAUAUUGGGUGAAAUUUUCCGAUGUCAUUGGAAUCUUGUUAAAGAAAAUUGUACAGAUGAUGUAAAUAGUGAUAUAAAGAAUGUAAUAGAAGGACCGGUUCCAUGGUGUAAAGAAAAUCAAUUAUCCUUUAUUGCUGAACAAGUUUCUCAUCAUCCUCCAGUGAGUGCUUUCUAUGCAGAACAUUAUGCAAAAAAAAUAAGUUUUUCUGCACAUGUUUGGACAAAAAGCAAAUUUUUGGGUCUCAGUAUAGGAGUGCAUAAUAUUGGAAAGGGUUGGGUAAAUGUACUGGAACAUGGUGAAGAAUACGUUUUAACUUUUCCAAAUGGUUAUGGUAGAUCAAUUCUUACUGUUCCCUGGAUAGAGUUAGGAGGAACAGCCACUAUAAGUUGUGCACAAACUGGAUACCAAGCAACAGUAGAAUUUUUAACAAAACCUUUUUAUGGUGGAAAACGUAAUAGAAUUACUUGUCAUGUUACUCAACCAGCGGAUAAAAAACCAUUUCUUGUUAUAAAUGGAGAAUGGAAUGGUGCUAUGGAAGCUAAAUGGGUUGAUGGACGAGUUGAAACAUUUGAUGUAAGAGAACUUCCAAUAGAAAAAAAGCUAGUUAAACCAAUAUGCGAACAAGAAGAAUGUGAAUCACGAAAAGUGUGGCGAGAAGUAACAAUGGGUUUACGUAUUAAUGAUAUGGAUAAGGCCACAGCUGCAAAAUACGCAAUUGAACAAAAACAACGAGAUGAAGCCCGUCAACGCAAAGAGAGUAAUGAAACAUGGCAGACAAAACUUUUUAAAGAGAUCAAAGACAAUGGAUGGGCUUAUACUGCACCACUAUCUGAAAGAUUGCAUGUUUUUCACAAUGAAACAAGUGCAACGUAGAUGUACAUGAUGCUUAAUAACAAAAUGAAAAUGUAAGUAUUGCAGUAUAGAUAGUAUGAUAUUUGUGGCCUAACUCUUUAAAAAAAAACUACAGUUAAUAAGAUUUCAUUUAAUGACAUUAAUGCCCAAAAUAUUAUACAGUUAUGUUAUCCAGAAUUUAUAUAAUCAGAACAAAGAGUUAAGACUAUUACUUUAUUUUAAUUGACUUUAUAAUUUUGGUAUGUAAGCUUUUAUUAUACAAACAAAAUAGAGGAUGCAAGAAAUUAAAAUUAUUUAUAUUAAUUGUAAUUAAACAUUAAUCUUAAAGAUUUACUUUUAUAGAACUAUCAGUGAUAGAUGCAUACAGUACAUCUCAAAGCUUAUACUGUAUAAUGUACGUAAUUAAAAAAAAAAGUAAGAAUAAUUAUAAUACAUAGGCUGUAACUUAUUUACGAAUAAGAUUUUAUUUAUAUCUCAAGUUACAUAUGUAUAAUUUUAAACAGUCUAAAAUAAUUGAUAAAAUAAUAUAAUUUGCUGUUUUGAAAAUUCUUUUAAAUUGAAAUAAUUCACAUUAAAAUGAUUAACCAAAGAUUAUUAAAUCUCCAAGAAUAUUAUAAAUGAUUAUCUUUAAUGCAUGAGUCUUAAAAUCUGCAUGUUUGUAAUAUAUUUUAUAUCAUUGUCUACUAAUAGUACAACACCAGUCAUAGAAUGAUAUUAAUACAAUGAAUACUUAUGAAAAAUCAUAUGAUUAAUCAUUUUCGUAAAAAUUUAUAUAAAAUAUUGUUUUCAUGAAAGUUUUUAAGUAUGAACUGUAUAAUUCACAAAUUCUUCUAUAACUAAUAUGUAUAUGUUGGUUGCAUCAAAUAUAUAAGAUACAAAAUACGGAAAAUGUUAACAAUAAGAAAAAAUAGUAAAUCAAAAUGUAUGUUUCUCUUUUAUGCUAUGGAGAUAGUUUUAUUAGCAUUUUCGACGUUAUUUUUCUUGAUGUUUGUAAAAUUAUACAUAUACAUAUGUAAAUCAAUAGAAGUUAACGAGAGAAAAUGAAAAUUACGUACAUGCACUUUAAUCAUAUGUAAACAUUAAUAUUAUACAUAUUUUUUUUCUAUCUUUUUAUAUUUUCUUGCAUCACAUUUGAUUUGGCAAAUAAUAGGCACUUCAAAAAGUAAUAAAAAUUAUAAAAAUAUAUAAUUUAUAUUUAAUUUUCUAGAGCUGCUAUAUCUAAAGCAGUGAUAAUACUUUUAAAUAAAAUUGGAAUAUAGUGCCAGAAUAUAGGAAAUUAAUACUGUACAAUACAGCCUAGUAAUAUAGUAGUGGAGAUAAGUUAAGAAAACUGUAAAUCAAUGAUUCAAUAAAAUGUUACUAAUUUGUUCAAAAAAAAAUAUAUAUA